AUGCUCAAGUUUCCCGGGACCGGUGGGUGUGCGCGUAAGGACCGCACCCCCAGCGCCUCCCCGGACCUGGGCAAGCACUCGCCCCUGGCGCUGCUGGCCGCCACCUGUAGCCAGAUCGGCCAGCCAGGCACGUCAGCGGCCCCAGACUUCCUGCAGGUGCCCUAAGACCCAGCGCUGGGCUCACCCUCCAGGCUCUUCCACCCCUGGACCGCGGACAUGCCGGCGCAUUCACCGGGCGCGCUGCCUCCCCCGCAUCCCAGCCUUGGGCUGACGCCACAGAAAACGCACCUGCAGCCUUCUUUUGGGGCUGCACACGAGCUACCACUCACACCCCCAGCUGACCCCUCGUAUCCCUACGAGUUCUUGCCGGUCAAGAUGCUGCCCUCGAGCAUGGCAGGUCUGCCUGCCAGCUGUGCACUGGCCUACGUGCCCUACGCUACGCAGGCUGCCCUACCGCCGGGGUACUCCAACCUCCUACCCCCGCCGCCGCCACCGCCUCCGCCGCCCACCUGCCGCCAGUUGUCCCCCAACCCGGUCCCCGACGACCUCCCGUGGUGGAGCAUUCCUCAGUCGGGCGCUGGGCCAGGGGCCUCUACGGUUCCAGGGGGCGGCCUCUUCAGCGCCUGUGCCGGGCCCCCCCAUGCUCCGCGCUUCCCUUCCUCUGCUGCCGCUGCCGCUGCUGCGGCCGCCGCCUUGCAAAGGGGCCUGGUGUUAGGCCCGUCGGACUUUGCGCAGUACCAGAGCCAGAUCGCCGCGUUGUUGCAGACCAAGGCCCCCCUGGCGGCCACGGCCAGGAGGUGCCGCCGCUGCCGUUGCCCCAACUGCCAGGCGGCGGGCGGCGCCCCUGAGGCGGAGCCGGGCAAGAAGAAGCAACACGUGUGCCACGUGCCGGGCUGCGGCAAGGUGUACGGGAAGACGUCGCAUCUGAAAGCGCAUCUGCGUUGGCACACGGGUGAGCGGCCCUUCGUGUGCAACUGGCUUUUUUGCGGCAAGAGCUUUACGCGCUCAGACGAGUUGCAGCGGCACCUGCGGACUCACACCGGCGAGAAACGCUUCGCCUGUCCCGAGUGUGGCAAGCGCUUCAUGCGGAGCGACCACCUUGCCAAGCACGUCAAGACGCACCAAAAUAAGAAGCUCAAAGUUGCUGAGACCGGGGUUAAGCGGGAGAACCCGCGGGACUUGUGAGCCCAUCCUGGCGUGCCCCGAGGUCACUCCCGCCUCAGACCCCCUUCUCAGUACCUCUUGCGGAGGUCCCGGGGUCUGUGGGCAGCAGACUUAGUAGAUGAACUUCAGUUGUCCGCCUCUCAAAGUAGAGCCGGGCUCCCACUUUCCUUAGCCCUAGAAUAGAGGGACGGUUGGGAUCUGGGACUUGUUGGGUCAUGGUUGGGAUCUUGAGUUACCCCAGGAGUGGUUCUAAACUUUGAAUCAUUUCCACCAUCUGGGAGACCUACCGUUGGGACGUAACACCCAGAGCUGGCCUUGUAUAUAGGAAACGCUGCUGAAUGAAAGCGAAAGGACCUUGGGAGAUUUUAAAUAUUGCUCGGGUUUUCGCUAGGAUUCAUUCGGACUUUGUACAGAUUAUUUAAUAGCUUUGUUAAAGAAUAAUUAUAAUAAUUAUAACAUUAAUAAAAUGUUUUCUUUGUCCUCAGCUACACGCA